UUCAGAUUCGUAUACUCUUGCUCUUUCACUUCUCGCCGGGAAGAAGAAGAAGAACAGAAGAAUGGAAGAAGAUGGAGAGAGGUCGAGCUUCAUCAUCGGUCUGAUCGAGAACAGAGCCAAAGAGGUUGGAGUGGCUGCCUUUGACUUGAGGUUAGCCUCACUUCAUCUUUCACAGUACAUUGAAACAAGCAGUUCGUAUCAAAAUACAAAGACUCUACUACAUUUUUAUGAUCCCAUGGUGAUCAUUGUUCCUCCGAACAAGCUCGCGCCAGAUGGUAUGGUUGGAGUUUCGGAGCUGGUUGAUAGAUGUUAUACAUCAACCAAGAAGGUGCUGAUUCUUGAUGACAUUCUGGGUUUUGAUAGUCUUCUUUCAAAUGUUCACCCUAACACUAAAUUGUGCAGGUUAUCAUGGCUCGUGGGUGCUUUGAUGAUACUAAGCUUUUCAUCAAUGUUUCACAGGGAGCUGUGCUGGUUAAAAGUUUGGCUGCCAAGGAACCAUCUGCUCUUGGCUUGGAUACUUAUUACAAGCAGUAUUAUCUCUGUUUGGCUGCUGCUGCUGCUACUAUCAAAUGGACGGAAGCAGAGAAAGGUGUCAUUGUUACAAACCACUCAUUAUCGUGUUCAAAACUUGGAAAUUAUCGAGCCACUACAUUCUUCCCUUUGGGGCAUUAACAACAAAAAGAGAAGUCUAUUUCACAUGCUAAAGACAACAAAAACUAUUGGAGGGACUAGGCUUCUUCGAGCCAACCUAUUGCAGCCUUUAAAAGAUAUUGAAACUAUCAAUGCUCGUCUCGAUUGCCUGGAUGAGUUGAUGAGCAAUGAGGAGUUAUUCUUUGGAGUGUCACAAGUUCUUCGUAAGUUUCCAAAAGAAACUGAUAGGGUACUUUGCCACUUCUGCUUCAAGCCAAAACAAGUUACAAAUGAGGUUUUGGGACAUGCGAAUGCUAGAAAGAGUCAAGUAUUGAUAGCUAGCAUUAUCCUCCUCAAGACUGCUUUAGAAGCCCUGCCCUUACUUUCUAAGGUGCUUAAGGAUGCAAAAAGUUUUAUUCUUUGCAACAUAUACAAGUCCGUAUGUGAAAAUGAAAAGUAUGCCAGUAUAAGGAAAAGAAUUGAAGUAGUGAUCGAUGAAGAUGUACUUCAUUCAAGGGUUCCUUUUGUUGCUCGCACGCAACAAUGUUUUGCUGUCAAAGCUGGAGUAGAUGGACUACUCGAUGUUGCACGCCGAUCCUUUUGUGAUACUAGUGAAGCUAUACAUAGCCUUGCAAACAAGUACCGUGAAGAAUUCAAGCUGCCAAAUCUUAAAAUGCCCUUCAACAAUAGGCAAGGGUUCUACUUCAGCAUUCCACAGAAGGACAUAAAUGGAAAGCUUCCUAGCAAAUUCAUUCAGGUCUUGAAACAUGGGAAGAACAUUCAUUGCUCAACUCUUGAACUUGCUUCUUUGAACGUUAGAAACAAGUCUGCAGCUGAAGAGUGCUAUAUGCGAACAGAACUGUGUGUGGAAGGACUAAUUGAUGCCAUACAGAAGGAUGUCUCCAUACUGACAAUGCUUGCAGAGGUCUUAUGUCUUUUAGACAUGAUUGUAAAUUCAUUUGCACAUACAAUAUCUAUUAAGCCUGUUGACCGAUAUACAAGACCGGAGUUUACAGAAAAUGGUCCUAUGGCAAUUGAUGCUGGGAGACACCCUGUACUAGAAAGCUUACACAAUGAUUUCGUUCCUAACAAUAUUUUUCUUUCUGAGGCGUCCAACAUGGUGGUUGUCAUGGGGCCAAACAUGAGUGGGAAAAGUACUUAUCUUCAACAAGUGUGUCUAAUAGUCAUCCUUGCUCAGAUCGGUUGCUAUGUUCCUGCUCGUUUCUCAAUUAUAAGGGUAGUUGAUCGCAUAUUUACACGCAUAGGAACGGGCGAUAAUCUGGAAUCCAACUCUAGCACAUUCAUGACAGAGAUGAAAGAGACGGCUUACCUCAUGCAGAAUGUUUCUCCAAGGAGCCUGAUUGUUAUGGAUGAACUUGGGAGAGCGACGUCUUCCUCUGACGGAUUUGCAAUUGCAUGGAGCUGUUGUGAACACCUGCUAUCACUUAAAGUGUAUACUAUAUUUGCGACGCAUAUGGAAAACCUAUCUGAACUAGCAAGCAUCUACCCCAAUGUGAAGAUUCUCCAUUUCGAAGUUGAUGUAAAGAACAACCGUUUAGAUUUCAAGUUUAAUCUAAGAGACGGGCUGCGCCGUGUGCCUCACUAUGGCCUCCUAUUAGCUCGAGUUGCUGGACUACCCAGCUCAGUGAUUGAAACUGCAAGGAGUAUCACAGAAAGAAUCACAGAAAAGGAAAUGAGGAGGAUGGAAGUAAAUUGCACGCAGUAUGAGUCGAUUCAGAUGAUUUAUCGUGUUGCUCAGCGGCUGAUAUGCCUGAAAUACUCCAACCAAGAUGAGGAAGCAACCCGGCAAGCAUUGCAGAAUCUUAAGGAGAGCUACAUAGAAGGGAGGUUAACUAGCUGAGAUUUCCAUUGCAAUAUUAUCUCAAGAGGCGCCAAUAAAGAGAAGAAGAUGUGCAUGUUUAAUGAUGAAAGAUGAUGCCAUUUCUCUUCUUGAGCUGACUUAGGCUAGAGCAACUUGGCCAAGUAGGUUUCCUAAUCAUGAAGAAGACAGCUGAGAGUGAACUUGAGUCAAGUAUACUCCUGGCAUUAGUCGCACAUGUGUGAGAUCCAACCCGUUCAUCAGGUGUGUUCCAUUGUCUCAAAAAUCUGGCUGGUCUGAUCAUCAUUUGGCGGACAUGCAUACAAAAUAAAUGGGUGGUUAUUUAGAAAAUAACCAACCGUCUGAAUUCAGCAUACACACGCAACAUGCUUGAUGAUCACAUGACCUGAUUUUUUAGGGAAGGCAUCCAACAGGUGGGAUCGCUUGAUGAACAGCUUGUAUCUUGAAGGCAUGAGCAACAUUGCACUUAUGAGCUGUGGAUGCGAAAGUAGGUACUUGCUCGUGUCCCUUAUCCUAGCAUCACCAGAGCAACACUGGGCUGGAUGAAGAGGGAGUAUCUGUUAUCUCAUACUUGGCCUGAGGGGAUGGUGAAUCUAGACUAUCUUGUCUUUAGAUGGCCCACGGUUGAAAUCAAGCUGAUUGGAUGAUCAUUGCUGAAUAUUGACCCUUAGAAAUUUCAGUUUUAUCAUCCAUUUGAAGGUCA